AUGGCAGCUCGAGGACCUGCCGGCGGUCGCGGCAUGAACAGCCGCUUCGCGCAGUUCAAGCUCGUUCUGCUCGGAGAGUCUGCUGUCGGAAAGAGCUCAAUAGUCCUGCGAUUCGUCAAGGACCAAUUCGACUCGUUCAGAGAAUCCACCAUCGGCGCCGCUUUCCUCACCCAGACCAUCUCUCUCGACGAGAACACCACAGUCAAGUUUGAGAUCUGGGACACGGCCGGCCAGGAGCGCUACAAGUCGCUCGCGCCCAUGUACUAUCGCAACGCCAACUGCGCCGUUGUUGUCUACGACAUUACACAAUCCGCAUCUCUGGACAAGGCAAAGGCAUGGGUCAAGGAACUUCAGCGUCAAGCCAACGAAAACAUCAUCAUCGCGCUCGCCGGCAACAAGCUGGACUUGGUCAACGAGCAACCCGACAAGCGGGCCAUUCCCACGGCCGACGCCGAGGCCUACGCACGGGAGGCCGGCCUUCUCUUCUUCGAGACCUCGGCAAAGACGGCCGAGAACGUCCGCGAACUCUUCACUGCCAUCGCCAAGAAGCUCCCUCUGGAUCAGGUUGGCCCCAGGCAUGCCCGCCCCGGUCAGCGACCCGGCGUCAACCUGACCCCCGAGAAUGCCAACACCAACGUCAGCGGCCCGUGCAGCUGCUAA